UCUGUUGAUUAACAUGGUCCUUACAUUCACCGUAGAUUCAUUAGAGUCUGGGCACUAAUGAAUGUCGACUAUGUAUGUUAUUGGAACAGGUUCAACGAUGAUAUUGAGUUCAUGAUCGGCCACAAGCCCAACCUCUUCUGGCAGAUCACAUGGAGAUUUGUCAGCCCCGCCAUCAUGCUUGUCAUCUUUGUGUUCUACUUUAUCACUAAAGUCCAAGAAACACCCAUGUACAAAGCCUGGAAUCCUGAAUCGGACAACUUCCCUACAUUGGAGGAGAAGGAAUAUCCAACCUGGAUCUUUGCUAUAAUCUUCAUCCUGGCAGGAAUCCCAGGUCUUUCUGUACCUCUUACGGCUAUUUACAAAUGUUUGAGGAACCGCUGCUGCAAGAAGGAUAAUGAGUUUAAACAAGAUGACUUAAACACUAUUGCCAAGCAAGUUCACCUGACGGAUGAGGCUACCAAGAACAAACCAGACAUCCCAGAGACAGCAGAUGGAAGAUAGUGAUCAAAUCACCAUUGUUGUUUUCAUGACAGGCCAUUUAUUUACUCCAUGCCACUGAUAGCUGAAAGGAGUAGAUACGUUUGAUAGAUUUACAAGGUUGUAUGGAUGAGGUAUGACAGAAAAGCCAUUAAAGCUUACAUUGAUUGACACAUUGUUGUAAUUUUUGUGCUGAGAAGUCAACAUUAAACUAAAUUAUAUCCUU